GAACAUUCAAAGUCAUUCUCGAAGAAGUAACGUUCGACUCUACCUUAUAAAUACCGACCGCUCUGCCUCCUCGCAUUCCCCAAGAAUCUCUCAAAUUCCUCUAGAGGGCUAGGGUUUGCGCUCUCGUUUCAAGAAUCCAGGCGUCGUUCAUCAAGCUCGACUAAAAGCAGAAGGAACUUGAGCUAUGGGGAAGAGAAAGUCUCGGGCAAAGCCACCUCCCAAGAAGAGGAUGGACAGACUUGAUACGGUUUUCAGCUGUCCUUUCUGCAACCAUGGCACAAGUGUGGAGUGCCGCCUUGAUAUGAAGAACUUAAUUGGUGAAGCUGUAUGCGGGAUAUGCCAAGAAAGGUUUAGCACUUCAAUUACAGCUUUAACUGAGCCAAUAGACAUAUACAGCGAAUGGAUCGAUGAAUGUGAACGGGUUAACACCGUGGAAGAUGAUGUUGCCUAGGCUGAAGCCUCAAUGCCCAGAUACAUUUAGGGUUAGAUGCAAAUAGCUCCUAGUCCUUCCAGUCUGUAAUUAGGUCCCUAGCGGUAUUGCAUAUGAACCAUGUCUUUAAUAUGCGGGGCUAACUAUAGUGUAGUUGUUCUGGAGUAUUAUCUGAGUUAAAGGACACCAUGAUUGGGGUGUGUAUUGGCGGUUUACGCUUGCUGCAGUCUUUGCUUAUCUGACCCAGUACUCUCUGAUUGAAUAUGUCAGACGUUGAGAUUACCCUGAUCUUGGUGUAUAUACAUUAGAUCGCGAAAA